AUGUAUAUCAAACUGGAGCCCUCCUGGAGGUACAUGGCAAGGGGCCUCAUCAAGUUCUUCCAGGCCAACUUCUGGUUUGAGUUUCUCUUGUAUCUUGAGGAUGACUUCCUGUUUGAUGGAUUUUAUGAUGAACUACAUAGUAUUACUGAUGACGACAAAUGGAUUAUCAGCGAGGAAAUAUUUUCAAAAAAGAUGACAGACAAAGAGAUGUACCGCAGUUUAAACACCUCUGUUAACAGACAGGAUCGGAUCAUAGUGAUUCACUCUAGUGUUGCCAUGGCCAAAAGGAUAUUCAAAGUGGUUGGAUCCGUUAAUCUCUUCAAGGAUGUACAUAUCGCUUGGUUCCUAACGGAGCGAGCGUAUACUCGAAAUAAAACGGUGCUACGGAUUUACCCAGAGGGCAGUCUUGCCCUGCUCAUGAAUGACGCAGUGAAUACUGUUGACCUUCUACAAGACGUCAUAUCAUUGGUAUCGACAGUAUUUAGGGAUUUGCCUUCGGAAGACAGGCAACUGUUUGAAAACGUCAAAUACGACUGCGAUAAUUUGUCCGAUAUAAGUGUGUGUCUCGGGGAAAAGCUGUACAAAGCAAUAACGAAGACACAUUUCGAUGGACUUACUGGAACAUUAGAAUUUGAAGCGGACGGUUCCAUCAACAUCUCUAACUAUGACAUCCGCAACCUGGUAACAAGUGGUCGUAAUAAGGUGUGGCGGGACAUGGGGUUUAUUCGAGGCCACAACAUCAACCCUUUCGGCAUUGUAUGGCCAAGUGAAACUAUUUCCAAUCAGAUUUUCAAUGGUAAGAAGCGGUACCGCAUUGUCACAAAUCCUGUGAAACCUUUUGUGAUGGAGCAGAAACCGAAUCCAGAUUAUGAUGGAUGUGCUCAAGAUACCGUCUGCUUGAAGAUAUUCACAAAGGAAAAGCAAGCGACAAUUAAAGUUAUUCGCGAUUACGAGAGUGGUAGAUUAAACAAGAGUAAUCCCUACGAGGUGCGGUGUUGUCGAGGUUUGGCGAUAGACCUGCUUAACAGACUCUCGCGAGAUCUCGACUUUGACUACACUUUGUAUAUUGUUGGUGACGUCACGUAUGGGAAAGAGAUAAAUGGAAGUUGGAACGGAAUGGUCAAAGAUCUGAUGGUGGGGUCAGCUCAUAUGGCCGUUGCUGCCUUCAGUAUUACGCGCAGAAGACUAAAGGUCAUCGACUUCACUCACCCUUAUUUCUUCUCAGGUUUUUCAGUUCUUUAUUCGGAAAGGAAACGUCAUACUCGUAUGCAUGCAUUUCUAGAACCAUUUGCAGUGGAAGUGUGGAUUGCGAUUUUUGUAAGCGCUACCAUUGGUGCUUGUGCCAUGGCACUUUUCGAGUGGAAUAGUCCCUUUGGAUUAAACCCAUGGGGUCGCAAACGGAAACAGAAUUAUACACUAGCUUCCGGAUUAACAAUGGUGUAUUCGGUGCUAUUUGGCCACACGGUACGAACAAAGUCUCCAAAAUCGUGGCCAAGCAAGGUUAUGCAGAACUUCUGGGCAUUCGCCUGUAUAUUUGUGAUAGCCAGUUAUACAGCCAAUCUUGCAGCCUUCAUAGCUGGUAAACACGCGGGGAUCAACUACCAGGAUAUCUAUGAUUCGAGGAUGCUUGAUAUCCGUGUGGGUGUGCUGGAGGCUAGUGCUGUCGAGUCUAUCGUCAGGAAGAUCAACUACCGUUUGUUCCUGACCAGUCAGAGACACCAUGUGCCUAAAUCAGACGAGGCUAUAGAAAUGUUGAUAGCCGGUAAACUAGACGCCUACCUAGGGGACUACCCUAUAUUAGAGUAUGCUAGAGGAAAUUUAGACCCGAAGUGUCAGCUCCGACUCUUGUCACAAACAUUUGGCGAGGACGGGUACGGGAUAGGCAUCGCUAAAGAUUCGCCUUUAAAGAUCCCCUUGUCAGAGAAAAUAAAGGAGUACCAUGAAAUUGGUUACAUCGACGAUCUGAUUGACGUACAUUUUGCUGAUGCGGAGUGCUACAAACAGAGAAUAACAUCAGAAGAGUCCCGAUUAGAAGUACUCCAUCAUGCUGGGCUGUUUGUCAUGCUGUCAGUAGGGAUUGUAUUCGGGAUCAUUCUGUGUUUUGUGGAACAUGCCAUCUACAGAUAUCUUGUUCCUCGUUUUAGGAAAAAAUCCCCGAAAAGUUGCGUUAAGAGUUCCCAUCUGAUGUUUUUUAGUCAGAGACUUCACCGCAUUUUGACGAGUGCAGAAUUGGUGAACGCUAACGAAUCAGCUAAAGAAAUGAUUGGGAUAGUGAAAAAUAGAGAGUUUUCUAAACUUUUCAUGAAAAGCACCAUUCGACGGAACAAACUGGCUGAUAUGGCGAAGACUAAAAGGUUGAACCGGAAUUUCCUGGAUGUGGUGGAAAAAGCUAAAUGGAUGCAACAGAUGCGAGAAGAUAAAUUGUUUGGUGAUGAAGAUUCCCCCGUAGCAGCACCUCCCUGUAUUACUGAAAUAUCCCUCAAAGAACUCGGCACAAAAAUUGACUUCAGUGCACUAAAAAGUCAAAACUAUGAAAGCGAAGUUCAAAGCGGCAAUGACGGUGAUAUAGAUGAGUCUUGUGACGAUAACCGCAACGACGAAAGUGAUUGGUUUUUAUCACCACCUCACCCAAACGACCUGUGUCUAUACAAAACGUGUGAUCUAGAAAAACAAAAGAGUUCUGAGAACCUCAGUCGGUGUAUUUCCAUACCGGAAGUUAACCGGACGGAAAUAAGCCCGGAUGUUGCAGAGGAAGGAGACACAAGUUCCGAUUGUGAUGAUUCGAUAACGGAACAAACUGAGUUGCUCAUGCCCAAUCCCUAUUUACCAGUAAAACUUGACCAUCAUCCUAUUCCCAACGGCCAUGUUCCUAGAAAAUUGUCAUUGGACGAUAACGAAUCCGUAGAUAAUUUCUCAAGAACAGACAAACUGGCUCUUGAUUCAGAAAAUAGGGAGUAUCGCCCAUUUAGCCAACGAACUGCUUCUUCUUUCAAUGAAAACAAAAAGCAAAAUCACAGGAAGCGGAAAACAUGGCACGAACUGAAUGCCCGACGGAAAUCAGAUGUGUUGCCUGUAAAAUAUGAGGAAAUUUCUAAAGAGGAUUUAUUGUUAAUGUGGAAAGCGUCAGAAAUAGACCUUGGUGACAGACUUGAUAGGGCACUCAGGGAAAAGAACAAACUCGAAAUGAAAAUAGCCGAGCUAGACGACAGACAUGAAGCGGUGAUAUGAGGGUUAUCCUGUUCACUCAUCAUCCCACUAUGCCUUGUUGGUCGUUCACCUGGUCAGAAUACUCAUAAGAGUUGCUACCUGCGAUUUUGACAACAGAAAUCAUUGUUUGUGGCAUCUACCGAUUUACUACACCUUAACACAGUCAAAAUAUGCUAGUCGCGGAGUUAAUGGUUUUAGGUAUAAAUAACUCUAUGUAAAAUAUCAUCAUCGCUUUCCGUGAUUUCCCUCAAUGAUUGAAUUUGAAACUUCCGUAAUUUUUUUGUGAUGUAUAAUUCAUAAAAUUGAAUCUGUAGACGUUCGGACAAUUAAUAUUUGUGAUAACAUUUAUGUUGUAAAUGCUAAAAUAAGUGAUUUUAUAGGUUGUCAGAGGGUAUGGUAACAUUUCGUUGUAAUGGGUACACAAAACUGGUUUUAUUAACGGCGAGGUUUUGCUAUCAUUGAUAUUUAUAUACCAAUAGCAUUCCAAUAACACCACAUCCUUAAAGUUACUACCUGUCGAAACACUAUUAUUCAUGUAAAGUAUCUCUGUGUUAUACCAUAUCAUUGUAAACUAUGGUAAAUAUCUACAGUUGUUAUCCCUAUAAGCUAUCCUAAGACCUUUGCAUUAAACUGUAAUGAUGUCCUGAUUCAAACGUUCACGUACUGUAUGUUUCAUAAUUCACUCUUCCAGUUACUUAGAAGAUAAGGUGUGGCGUUAAUAUUUAUCCAAAAUUAACAACUGAUGAACAUAAUAAAUAGAACCUAAAAACCACUAAAGUACAUACAUGAUCCUUUUAUGGCUACAUUGACCCAAAGGCACGCUUUAUAGCAAGCAUAAAAGGCAUAGUGCUGUAAAAUAAUAUUCCACUUUUACAAUUUACACAAAACAUUUACUUACCGCUGAGACUGGAUUCUACUUUCGUUUUCAAAUUUAAUCAUUAACACAGUUUUGAUGAGUAUGGAGGUGAUACACAUGUUACUGUGUAACAACUACAGAGGGAGGCUGU